AUGACACAGGGCCCCGAGAACACAGACAGGGAAACGUUGCUUCAUGACAACCCGAGUCGCCGCGACCAGGACAAUAGCGACGACAACGACGACGAAGAGGCCUUCCCUCCUUCGUACGAAGAAGCUACUUCCCACUUCGACGACAACAACACCGCCGCGACUAACCCAACAACUGCACUCCAGCAACAACCUGUCCUCUCCCCACCACCACUCCCUCAAUCACAGCAUUCACAGCAACCAUCUCGACACUUUCAACACAACGAUGACUUCCAUAAUGAACAACAACAACAACAACAACAACAACAACAGCAACAGCAACAGCAUUCUCGACAGUCAACAGAGAAUCGCAGCACAAACAAUACCAUCGGCUUGGCUGAUUCCUCGGCUCCCCUGAAACCAACCCAUGCACCUUCUGCACCGCCAGCUGCAGCUCCUGACUCAGCAGACAACGACGACAGCAGCGGUCAAGACAACAGCAACGUACCCCCUCAAUUGAACGCCUUUGGACAUCCGCAUAUCGACCCUUUCCAUCAACACCCUCGUCACCAACACCCUUCGUCCUCAGCGGGUUCUACUUCACCGUUCCCUCCUAUGCCACCAUCGUCGACGGUACCGGGAUUCGGUGGUGUUGGCGGACUGCCUAAUAUGUUUGGAGGACUCCCACCAGGCCCGUUUCCGUUUGGACAUCCACCUUCAAUGUUGGCUCCUGGCGUCGUUCCUGGUAGCGGCUUUCCUGGACUAUUUCAAACGCCGAUUCCACCAGUUCCACCAGGCAUGUUUGGUAUCCCAGGACAAGGCGGGUUUCAUUCACUUGCAGAUUUCCCUGGCUUUCCAUCACAAGGACGGUUGCCUGUCCACCCUGGAUUUUCAUUUUCGGCUUCGCCAGGAAGUCGAUCAGAUGGCAAGGGCUCCUUCGGUUUUGGAGGACCAACUGGUGGUCAGACAGGAAGCGACUCGACUACACCUUCAUCGUCGGGAUCUGGACUCUCGUUUGGGCAGACGGAGGCAGCAACAACGGGUAGUUCACAUGGAUCAUCGCCUUCUUCAGGGCGCGGGUUUCCAAUGCCACCGGUACCGCCUGCACCGCCUAUGUCCCCAAUGCCCCCGAUGCCCUCGAUGCGUCCAGCACAUUCGACCUCUCCGCCCGAUGUACCCGAGUUACCGGGAUUACCAGGUAUGCCCUCCUUGCCUAUAGGCUCAGUAUCGAUGCCCUUGGACACAGUACCGACGUCUGGAGCAGGAGCAGGAGCAGGACAAGGCGCCGAGUCUCUCCCACCAUCGUUCUUUAUGGCAACAGCGACUUCAGAAUCACGGCCAGUGCCACCGUCAGGAAUCGCAUCCUUGGAAGGUGCCCCGACAUGUAGCGAUAUCUCGGCGGCGACUUAUAAGCGCACUGAUCGCGGAGUAGAGACGCAGGAUCUGCUGCUUGAUGAUCCGUUCCAACUCUACCGGUUCUUUGUCGCGCAUAAUGACAAGCCUCAAAUGCACGUCCUCAUCACUGGUUCUCAUGUGGAGAAGAAGUCGACGGAGAAGCGGGUAGGCGACGGGACAAUCUCGACAGUGCACAGCAAAGUGAAGGUGUGCGAUUUCAAGAUUGAUCUGGACCUUACAUCCUACAUCUCGCCCUACGGAACUAUCAAGACCCUUCCGGACCCGAAAAACUCCAACAAGUUGACCCUCCGUGAAGUCAUCGAGCAGCAUGUCACCGAAGAAAACCCCUUCAAAGAGAUGCAUAUGAAGAAGAAAGUGAGCUGGGACUAUGAGGAUUUGACGAGGGCGAUUGUACACGCGAUUCGAUCGGUCAAUUACCGGUACAAAAUAGAGAUCUCGUACCCGACCUCCAACAACCGGGUCAUAGUCCAUUCUGCAUCGCCGCUCGCCCAGUUCAUGAGAUCUACCUGGACAAAGGCCUUUUGCGGCAUUUCUCUCGUUGGUGUUGUCUUGUAUCCCUUGCGCGAGUAUUACAAGGUGGUGAAGGACAAGAACAUCCAGUCCGAAUUCCAUAUGACGAUCUCGACGGCUGACUUUAUGCGCAACAGCUACUGGAAGAUUGUCGAUCAAGUCCAGUUCAAGAACGAGUAG